AGCCAGGUGUACGCCGCGCAUGGGCUGGUGUUUGACAUCGGAGUGGAGGUCAACGCGGCCGCCGUCGUACUGAACGACAACGCCGGUGCGCUGACCGAUGGCGCGCUGCUGGAGCUGCGGGGGUCGGCGUCGUUUGUUUCCGGGUCGUGGCUGUCGGUGCGCGGCAACAGCGUCAGUGGCAGGCUUCUGUCGGUGCCGUCGUACCCGCGUGGUGCGGAGCUCGCACAAAGCACACUGACGCUCCACGGGAACGCCGGCAGUGGGCACGUCGUGAUGGACGGCACCGUAGAGCUUGGGGGCGACGGCCGAAGGUUCGUCGUGGGGUGCCUGAUGCUCAACGGGCAGGCGCUGCAGCCGAUGGACUACAGGUCCGCCGGCAUCAUCGGGGAAUUCCGUCCCGUGGCGUGUGGCGUGUGCGACGCCGACGUGAGCUGCUUUGCAGCAGCGACGAGGGCGAUGUCGGUGUCGUGUCGCUGCCGCUGUGCUGAGGGCGGGUACGGGCGCGACUGUCUGCCGGUGUACCUGCCGCACGUGGACGGGUGCAACCGCACGCCUGUCCUGCCGUCGCUGAGCCACACGACGACGCUGACGGAGACGCGCAGCCUGACGCCAACGUGGACGCCGAGCCUGAGCAGGACGCAUUACGGGUCGACGGAGACCCUGCAGAUGACGGAGACGGUGGCGCUGUCGCCCACGCGGACCCCGACGGCGUUGGUGAGCAGCACGCUGUGGUGGAGCGAUGUGGCGUGCCCGACGCUCGCCGUGACGACGACGGCAGCUGGUGGGAGCCUGACGCAGAGCGACAUCCGCGGCGGUGGGAGCGCCGUCCCGACAUGGCUGAUGGUGGUGCUGCCGCCGCCGUUUCGGUGGGCAAGCGACCCGCAGCUCGGCACGCACCUGAGCUUCGUGCCGGUGUCGACGGCGCAGCCGAGCGGGUUUGGCGGUCCGUGGGGAGCGAUGCUGCGCAACGCGACGUGGAUGCGCAACGCGACGAAUCCGUCCACCGUUCUGGAGCUGGCUGUGCCCGUGCACCGCGGUUACUUCAUUGCUGCCGACGAGACGAUAGUCAUUCGCUGCGACGCUGUGGCGGUUUUCGGCGGCUGCAAGGGUGUGCUGCUUGGGUCCUUCACGAUCAGGUCGAACACGUUGCCCGCUGCUGCCAGCGCCCUCUCGGCGAUCACCGGCGUCGUUGCGGGUGCGGCGGCUGUUGCCAUGGUGGUGACCGGCGGGCUGGGCUCCAUCCUGGAGAUGCAGGCACUUGGCGUGUUUGCGAGGGUGUCAUGUGCCUCGUCGCAGGAGCGUGCGAGCACCGUUGCGCUGCAGUACUUCCUGUCGGUGUUCGCUGCCCGUGACCCGCUGUGGAUGGUGUUGGGCAACGCGCUGCUUGCCGCUGUGUUCGGGUGCGUGCACUGCGGUGUGACGGCCGCCUUCCAGCGGUGGCGCGGCGUGGACGCGGCGAGUGCGUGGGCGGCGAUGCGCUUCCCGAGCCUGACGUACGUUGUGGCGCACGCGAUGCAUCUCGGCAUCUUCUUCGGCUCCGUGCUUGCACUGUCGAUGCCCGACGCCCGCGUGCAGCACUGCGUGAUUGGUGUCGUUGGCGUGCUGUACGGUGUGGCGUUCCCUGCUGGUGUGUGCUACUUGAUUGCCCGCCACGUGGGUGCGAGCUUCACGAAGUACUGGCAGUUUUCGAGGAAGCCGCUUCAUGAGCGCCUGCUGUACCCCGUCGGGUAUUGGCACCCUGCGGCGCAGCAGCGGAUGUACGGCGGCAUGCUGACGAACAUGAGGGGCAGUUACGUGUACUGGUGCAUGUUCCAGCUGUCGGCGCUGUGUGUGGUGGGUCUGAUUGCUGCUGUGCAACCGUCCGUGGGAGGCUGCCACGUCCAGUACUUCUGCAUGGCGGCUGUGCUGCUUGCGGGCGCGGGCGUGGUUGCCUUCACGAACAUGAUGCGCUCGGCCUUCCUGACGGUGACGCACGCAGCGAGCUUUGUGCUCCUUUCGGCGCUGUGCGUGAUCAGCGCGGCCAACCAUCUUGCGCCGAGCGACGGCGGUGCGAGGGCGUACGUGGCUAUCGUGCUGCUGCUGACCAUUGUGCUGCUUGCGAUCACUGUGUGCAGCGUCAUUGUGUGGUACUUGGAGGACCGCCACUGGCAGGAGCUGCGCGAGCCGCGGCGUGGAGGGCUGGAGGCGCUGCUGCGCGAUGGCGAGGAGAGCGACGAGGACACGCAGAAGCCUCACGACAUGACGUCAUCGUCGUGCGCCUCAGGCACCAUCGUUGCGUCGUCGUACCGACCACCCGCAGCGCUGUUGCAGCCCGUGGCCGGUGACACCCGCUCAGACGCCCUGAGUCUGAUCGACGGUACACCCGAUGCAAGCUGCAAAAUUAAUUAUGCCGCUCUGGACAGAUGA